AUGAUCGACAGUAAAUACCAGGUUCAUUUGAAGACCUUCACAAACUCUUCUAACCUUUGGAUCCCUUCAUCUGGGUGGGAAGAACGCUUUCUUGAGAGACGAGGAGCCAUUUCCUAUGAAAGCUCAGAUCAGACUGCGCUUUACAUUCGUAUGUUAGGGGAUGUACGAGUAAGGAGCCGGGCAGGAUUUCAACCUGAAAGAAGAGAUUCUCAUCCUUAUGUCGAUUUUCGCCUUUUGCACUUAUCCCCAGAAACCGGAGAAUUGACUUCAGCAAGGAAGAUCAGAAGGUUGCUUAGUUUUCAAAGAUAUUUUCGAUCCACGCAUUUAUUUCGUGGUGUACCUCCUCUAAAUUCUGUCAGCAUUCUGGAUGAUAACUACAUUGGCCAAGCCAUGUGUGUGCUAGAAAAGGAUGGAAAUUGGAAUUUUGACAUCUUUCUUUUUGACAGAUUAACAAAUGGGAAUAGUCUGAUUACUUUGACUUUCCAUUUGUUUAAAUGCCAUGGACUUAUUGAACAUUUCCAUUUGGAUUCUGUUAAACUGCGUCGAUUUUUGGUAAUGGUCCAGGAGGAUUACCACCGUAAUAACCCUUAUCACAAUGCGGUUCAUGCUGCUGAUGUAACUCAAGCCAUGCAUUGCUUCCUAAAGGAAAGCAAGCUUGCCAACUCUUUUUCUCCGUGGGAUGUUCUGUUGGGUUUGUUGGCAGCUACCACACAUGACAUGGAUCACCCUGGUGUUAACCAGCCUUUCCUCAUUAAAACCAAUCACUACCUAGCAAGUUUGUAUAAGAAUACCUCGGUGUUAGAAAACCAUCAUUGGAGGUCUGCAGUCUGUGUGCUUCAGGAAUCUAAAUUAUUUUCACAUCUUGCAGUUGAGGAAAUCUAUCGAAUGGAAAGCCAGUUGGGUUCCCUGAUUCUAGCCACAGAUAUAACUCGUCAGAAUGAGUUUCUGUCACAGCUUCGAACUCACUUGGACAUGAGCGAUCUGCAUUUAGAUGAUGCAGGUCAUCGGCAUUUCAUGCUUCAGAUAGCAUUGAAAUGUGCAGAUAUCAGUAACCCAUGCCGGCCUUGGGAACUGAGUAAGCAAUGGAGUGAAAAGGUAACCCAGGAAUUCUUCCAUCAAGGGGAUAUUGAGAGGAAGUAUAAACUAGAUAUAAGUCAGUUGUGUGAUCGUCAUACAGAAACUGUAGCCAAUAUUCAAAUAGGUUUCAUCACUCACGUAGCAAAACCUCUUUUUGUGGAGUGGUCUCGAUUCUCCAACACAACACUGUCACAGACUAUGCUUGGACACCUUAGCCUGAAUAAAGCUAGCUGGAAGGGAUUACUACAGGAACAGUCCCAAGGUGGAGAUGAUACUGAUUUAUUUGAGCGGAAAUGGACUGAAUUAUUACCUCAGGAAAGCCAUGAAUUAUUUUAUCCCACCCACCUAACUUGUUCUGCUGGAAGUGGACAGUUGAUUUUCUGCCUGUUCAGUGGAAUGCAAAUGUGACGAUGCUUUUGGUUGGGGGGGCUCUGACUGUCACGGUUGCAUGUGUACCCAUGUCAUGGCUCAUGUAAUUCCAUGCUUUUUUCAAAGCAUCAUAUUCUUCGCCCCUUGCUAGGUCUGAAUAUAAAGCAAUACACAAAUACCUCAGUUGGCUUUUGUGAGACAUUAAGCACGUAAACUACGGUGGUGGCCAAACUGAAGGGAGUGGAGAAAGGAGGGUGACAGUGUCCCAGAAAGUGCCAUUUAUCAACGGUUAGUUUGAAUAUUUGUAAUACAGACUGAUAUUUAGAAUUUCUGCACUUGGGGUUUUCUGUGGUUUUUUUAAUUUAGAUGGCUAAAAUAUGAACUUAGUGAAAAUCUUCUGACAUUGGUACAAUGAAGAGUUUUUGUUCUCUUCCCACCAUUUGAGUGACUGCAUGCAAAGAAGCCAGUCCUUUUUCUGCCUCAGAGAUUUGUUUACAAUGCUGUAUUUUUGAUACUGUUUGGUUCUGGUUCUUGCCUUGAAGCAUAGUGGAAAAGGAACCACAAAAUUCAGAAAUGCUCUUUGGUAAGAAGAUAGAACAAAAUAAAUGCUGCAGCUCGAUCUUCAUCUUUUGUGAUGCCCUUUACAUUCCCAUGGAAGCCUCUCUUCUGCCAUGGUGUUCCUUUAGUGCACUGUGAAUCCAGCCUUCAUCUCUGACCACAACCAGCUUUACUUCAGCAAAUCUGGUAAAAGUGUGCUGCUGGCCUUUGCCUUUUUUUGGGGGAGAUUUGAAGAAAUAGAAAAACAGAUUAGUGGGUGAAGCCAAUGUGUGGUUUUCAUGCAUGAACUGAACUUAGUGAAAGUGGCAGUAAAUUGUUAUAAGGAUCAGCUCAGGAUAUUUGCCUGUGUUUCUGGAGCAUGUGAUUGUGGUACCCAAGAAUAAGUAUGUGAACAAAGUGCCACUUUCACCAAUUAGUUUUCUUCAAAAUGUGACAUCUAUGUAGCCAGAUUGAAGAAAAACUCAACAUUGCUACAGAUGCCUUAAAACUAUGCACAAAGCUAAGUGACCAAAUCUGUUUUUAUUUUGAAAAGUGCAUUGUUCCUCGAUCUUUUUGCGAGUGAAUUGUUACUCCCCUGUGGGCCUGGUUUGAGUGAAAAGAUGAACCUUUGGUCCGAUAAAAUUGCAGAUGUUAUUUUAAACUUCAAACAUUCCAUUUUUGUACUUUACAAUGUUUUAAAUAGAUGUUGAUUAUGUACAGUAAAGCAGAACUGUAUCUUAAGUUUGGUGUUUUCCAGUGAAACAAACUUGGUGCUUUUCUCCUUUUUUUUGUGAACUUGUAUUUCAGGACUGUUUAAAAGAAUUCUGUUUACAAUUUGUUGCAACAGCCAUCUUUGAGAGAUGAAGGCUUCAAUGUUAAGCUUAAGGACAUUACCAAGUUGUUGGCAGGGAUGCCAUAUUUUGAUAUGUGCCUGUUGCUGUUCAAAAUUUUGAAUUAAAAAAAUUGACAUAC